CUUCCAUACAGCACAACAAUAUCUUUCUACUUUUCUGAAGGAAAAUCUCGUUUCUUUCUCAGCGUUCUUGCUUGGAGUAUUUUCCCUCAAACUUGAGAGUUGGGCAGCAUGAUCAGUCCCAAGAAACUCAUUAGAAUGGCAAGGAAGUGGCAGAAGGUAGCUGCCCUUGGUAGGAAAAGGAUCUCAUUGGAAAGAAUCAAUAGGGGUGUGGAUGCAGACAGCUGCAGCACAUCAUUGGUGGCCGAUAAAGGCCAUUUUGUUGUUUACAGCUCUGACAGAAGACGCUUUGUGAUUCCCUUGGCAUAUCUUAACAGUGAAAUCUUCAGAGAGCUUUUCCAAAUGUCUGAGGAGGAGUUCGGAAUACAAAGUGCAGGCCCCAUCAUACUGCCAUGUGAUUCAGUCUUUUUGGACUAUGUGAUCUCAUUCAUCCAACGCGGUAUUGCAAAAGAUUUGGAGAGAGCUUUGAUCAUGUCUAUAGCUUCCAGUAACUGCUCAUCCUCUUCAUACUUCCCUCAAGAACAGAACAAUGAGCAAUUACUAUUGUGUGCCUUCUGAAGAAAUCACACUUAAUUUUUGUAAUUGAUCCACACAAGUUUAGUUAUAUAAUGAGAAUUUCCAAAGUAUCUUCUUCAUGUUUUCUUGUCUUCCCAUGGGUUAUAUAGCUUAUUGCCUCCAAAUGAGUU